ACUUAUUUUCAUUCAGCAUUUAAUAACUUACGUAUUCGUCAAUCUACAUUCUAUCUUGAAAACUUUAUUCAUAAUAUGGCAUUACAAACUUUGUGGAAUAGAAAUCAUGCUUUAAUUGUGGAUUCUAGUAAGGCACAUUCGAAUAAGUUUAAAGUAGAAUACAUAGGUUCCGGCAAAGGGGACAGCGAUAGCGCUACAAUACGUACGAAUCAGCCAAUUCCUUCACAACAGGAUUUUUAUUUUGAAGCAAAAAAAAAGAAUAAAGAAGUGCCUAAAAAAGAUAUAAUUGAGGAAGCAUUAGCAGCAGCCAGAAAAGAAGAAGAAGAGUUUACGAGUUCAGUAAAAGAAGGAGAUAACUUCAAAGAAAUAUUCGAUAUGGAAAAUUUUGAUGUUUUACCGUUUUUAGCAGCUAACAAAGAAAGUAUUAAAACUGUAUGUACAUCCCUACUUGAAAACAACGAAAGCCUAACUAUCGUUAAAGAAUGGGCUAGAAAUACAACCAAAAAUUUCGAAAAAUUAACAAGAACAAGUGGUGUCGAUAAAAGAGCUUUCUCAAACAUUUUAACAUUAUUAAACAAAUUCUUAAACGAAGAAUCAUGUGAAAUUAAUAAGAAAAAUGAAAUUUUAGAACAUAUUUUAGAAUUAGUAAUGUUUGAAACAGAUAAAUCAGCAGCUAAUGUAGAUCGAAAAAACGAAAAAUCAUGGAAGAGGCUGCUUUGGAAAUUCUGGCUAAAUAUCUAA